AUGGCGGACGAAGCUUCCACUGCUAAAAGGCACCGCGCUGAGGGCGGAAAUAACUGCCACCGGUGCGGUCAGCCCGGCCACUUUGCGAGGGAAUGUCCGAACGUUCCCCCAGGGGCAAUGGGCGACCGUGCCUGCUACACCUGUGGCCAACCCGACCACUUAAGUCGUGAUUGCCCCAGCAACCGCGGACCUGCACCCAUGGGUGGUGGACGCGCCUGUUACAAUUGCGGUCAACCCGGUCAUUUCAGCCGCGAGUGUCCCAACAUGCGUGGUGGUCCGAUGGGUGGCGCUCCGAUGGGUGGUGGACGCGCCUGUUACAAUUGCGGUCAGCCCGGUCAUUUCAGCCGCGAGUGUCCCAACAUGCGUGGUGGCCCGAUGGGUGGCGCUCCGAUGGGUGGUGGACGCGCCUGUUACAAUUGCGGUCAGCCCGGUCAUUUCAGCCGCGAGUGCCCCAACAUGCGUGGCGGAAAUAUGGGUGGUGGCCGUGCGUGCUACCACUGUCAACAGGAGGGUCAUAUUGCCCGUGAGUGCCCGAAUGCCCCUGCUGACGCUGCUGCUGGCGGUGCUGCUGCUGGUGGUGGACGCGCAUGCUACAACUGUGGCCAACCCGGUCACCUCAGCCGUGCCUGCCCUGUGAAAUAA